UUAUUAGCAAUGGAACGAAAGAAGGCAGACCACAAAUGCGAGAGUUGAAAGAGCCCAAAAGCCGACACCUGCCUCUGAUAGGAGGCGGACCCCACCCGGCCACCAUCGUCGCCCUCGAAAUAUCCACGUUCGAACCAUAUAAAUAUUUACUCUCCACCCAGAGAAAACAGAUUUCACCCAAGGAAAAACCACAUAUGGCCACUUCUUUUACAGCUCCCAAGCUUUCUUCCCCGACUUUCCAGACCCUUUGCCGAAAUCUUCCCGUUUUUGUCCCCAUACCCAACACCCUUUAUUCUGUUUCGCGCCACCAUCAACGCCACCACCAUCGUUUGCAGCUUCAGCAGCAGCGGCAGCGGCGGCUCCUUUUUGUUGUUCGUGCAGAAUCCAAUAAUGGGUCUGAGCCGUUGCGGCACUACGAUUUCGAUCUCUUUACUAUCGGUGCCGGAAGUGGUGGUGUUCGUGCUUCCCGUUUCGCUGCCAAUUUUGGUGCUUCCGUUGCUGUCUGUGAGCUUCCAUUUUCGACUAUUUCUUCAGAGACCACCGGCGGCGUUGGCGGAACAUGCGUUCUUAGAGGAUGCGUGCCAAAGAAACUAAUGGUUUACGCAUCAAAAUAUUCUCAUGAAUUUGAUGAGAGUAAUGGUUUUGGAUGGAAAUAUGACACGGAACCGAAGCAUGAUUGGAGCACCUUGAUGGCUAAUAAAAAUGCCGAGUUACGGCGUCUUACCGGUAUUUACAAGAACAUUCUCGGUAAUGCUGGUGUCACAUUGAUCGAAGGUCGUGGGAAGAUUGUGGAUCCGCAUACUGUUGAUGUAGAUGGAAAACUUUACACUGCUAGACAUAUACUGAUUUCAGUUGGUGGACGUCCAUUUAUUCCUGAUAUUCCAGGAAGUGAGUAUGCGAUAGAUUCUGAUGCCGCCCUUGAUUUGCCCUCAAAACCAGAGAAGAUUGCUAUAGUUGGUGGGGGAUAUAUAGCUUUGGAAUUCGCUGGCAUUUUCAAUGGUUUGCAAAGUGAGGUCCAUGUAUUUAUACGUCAGAAAAAAGUUUUGCGAGGUUUCGAUGAAGAGAUCAGGGAUUUUGUUGGUGAACAAGUGUCUCUACGAGGAAUUAAAUUUCAUAUAGAGGAGUCUCCUCAGGCAAUUGUUAAGUCAGCCGAUGGUUCACUGUCUCUGAAGACCAACAAAGGAACAAUUAAAGGAUUUUCACAUAUAAUGUUUGCAACUGGUCGAAGGCCUAAUACAAAGAACUUGGGAUUGGAGUCUGUGGGGGUCAAAAUGAGCAGUAAUGGAUCAAUAGAGGUUGAUGAAUACUCGCGUACUACAGUACCUUCCAUUUGGGCUGUUGGGGAUGCCACAGACAGAAUUAAUUUGACACCCGUUGCUUUGAUGGAAGGAGGAGCCUUAGCAAAAACUAUUUUUCAGAAUGAACCAACCAAACCUGAUUACAGGGCUGUACCCUCUGCCGUCUUUUCCCAGCCACCUAUUGGACAAGUUGGUCUUACCGAAGAACAGGCUAUGAAGGACUAUGGUGAUAUUGAUGUCUACACUGCAAACUUCAGGCCAUUGAAAGCUACACUCUCAGGUCUUCCUGAUCGGGUUUUCAUGAAACUUAUAGUCUGUGUGAAGACAAACAAGGUUCUUGGUUUGCACAUGUGUGGAGACGAUUCAGCUGAAAUCACACAGGGAUAUGCAGUUGCUAUCAAAGCUGGCUUGACUAAAGCAGACUUUGAUGCCACAGUGGGUAUUCAUCCGACAUCAGCUGAGGAGUUUGUGACAAUGAGGACUCCUACUAGGAAAAUACGACAGGGCCCUGAGUCUGAGGGAAAGAUGGGUCACGAGGCAAAAGCUGCAGCAGGGGUUUAGCAAGGGUGAUUGAAUAGGCUGCAUAUUGGGGCGUUCCUUUUAAGAGAUAUUCAUGACAAUGACAGGUUGAUGCUGAUGCCUGAUUGUUAACCUCCAGUAUGAUGCAAAGUAGCUGUUUGAUGGAAAUAAUCGUUCCAAGACAGUUUCUCCUUCACAUCCGAGUCAGACAUAUGUGUCGUGCCAUGCCUUGUAAUGCAUCAUGUUCCAACUUCCUACACAUCAUGUCCAGUAAGAGUAAAAACUACAUUGAUCAUCUUUAGUUACAUUUUAGUCAGAAAUGUUGUUAGAUCACAUAUAAGCGAUAUCAGUCACGUAUAUUUGGUCUAAUGUUGUAAGAUCAA